UUGACGCCGCUGCACGCCGAGGCCGGCGCCAUGAAGCUCAACGUGGACGGGCUGCUGGUGUACUUCCCGUACGACUACAUCUACCCGGAGCAGUUCUCCUACAUGCGGGAGCUCAAACGCACACUGGACGCCAAGGGUCAUGGAGUCCUGGAAAUGCCCUCCGGCACUGGAAAGACAGUGUCCCUGUUGGCCCUGAUCAUGGCAUACCAGCGAGCAUAUCCUCUGGAGGUGACCAAACUCAUCUACUGCUCAAGGACUGUGCCGGAGAUUGAGAAGGUGAUUGAAGAGCUACGCAAAUUGUUCAACUUCUAUGAGAAGCAGGAGGGCGAGAAGCUGCCGUUUUUGGGGCUGGCUCUGAGCUCCCGUAAGAAUCUGUGUAUUCAUCCCGAGGUGACACCCCUGCGCUUUGGGAAGGACGUCGACGGGAAAUGCCACAGCCUCACGGCCUCCUAUGUGCGGGCACAAUACCAGCAGGACAUCAGCCUGCCUCACUGCCGCUUCUAUGAGGAAUUUGAUGCUCAUGGGCGCCAAGUGCCCCUCACUGCUGGCAUCUACAACCUGGACGAUUUGAAGGCCCUGGGGAAACGCCAGGGCUGGUGUCCAUACUUCCUUGCCCGGUAUUCGAUCCUGCAUGCCAAUGUGGUGGUUUACAGCUACCACUACCUCCUGGACCCCAAGAUUGCAGACCUGGUGUCCAAGGAGCUGGCCCGUAAGGCUGUUGUGGUUUUUGAUGAGGCCCACAACAUUGACAAUGUCUGCAUCGAUUCCAUGAGUGUCAAUCUCACCCGCCGAACCCUGGACCGAUGCCAGAGCAAUCUAGAGACCCUGCAGAAGACAGUGCUCAGGAUCAAGGAGACGGAUGAACAGCGUCUGCGGGAUGAGUACCGGCGCCUGGUGGAGGGUCUACGAGAGGCCAGUGCCGCCCGGGAGACCGAUGCCCACCUGGCCAACCCCGUGCUGCCGGAUGAGGUGCUGCAGGAGGCAGUGCCGGGCUCCAUCCGCACAGCUGAGCAUUUCCUGGGCUUCCUGCGGCGGCUGCUGGAGUAUGUCAAGUGGCGCCUGCGCGUGCAGCAUAUGGUGCAGGAGAGCCCUCCUGCCUUCCUGAGCGGCCUGGCCCAGCGUGUGUGCAUCCAGCGCAAGCCCCUCAGGUUCUGUGCUGAACGCCUACGCUCUCUCCUACACACCUUGGAGAUCGCUGACCUUGCUGACUUCUCCCCACUCACCCUCCUUGCUAACUUUGCCACCCUCGUCAGCACCUAUGCCAAGGGCUUCACCAUCAUCAUUGAACCCUUCGACGACAGGACCCCGACCAUUGCCAACCCCAUCCUGCACUUCAGUUGCAUGGAUGCCUCACUGGCCAUCAAACCAGUGUUUGAGCGCUUCCAGUCUGUCAUCAUCACAUCUGGGACACUGUCCCCACUGGACAUCUACCCCAAGAUCCUGGACUUCCACCCCGUCACCAUGGCAACCUUCACCAUGACGCUGGCUCGGGUCUGCCUCUGCCCCAUGAUCAUUGGCCGUGGCAAUGACCAGGUGGCCAUCAGCUCCAAAUUUGAGACCCGGGAAGAUAUUGCGGUGAUCCGGAACUAUGGAAACCUCCUGCUGGAGAUGUCUGCUGUGGUUCCUGAUGGCAUUGUGGCCUUCUUCACCAGCUACCAGUACAUGGAGAGCACCGUGGCCUCCUGGUAUGAGCAGGGCAUUCUCGAAAACAUCCAGAGGAACAAACUGCUCUUCAUCGAGACUCAAGAUGGGGCUGAGACCAGUGUUGCCCUGGAGAAGUACCAGGAGGCCUGUGAGAAUGGCCGGGGGGCCAUCCUGCUCUCGGUGGCUCGGGGCAAAGUGUCCGAGGGAAUCGACUUUGUGCACCACUUUGGGCGGGCUGUCAUCAUGUUUGGCGUCCCCUACGUCUACACCCAGAGCCGCAUUCUCAAGGCACGGCUAGAAUACCUGCGGGACCAGUUCCAGAUCCGCGAGAAUGACUUUCUCACCUUCGAUGCCAUGCGCCAUGCAGCCCAGUGCGUGGGUCGGGCCAUCAGAGGCAAGACGGACUACGGCCUCAUGAUCUUUGCCGACAAGCGAUUUGCCCGAGCAGACAAGCGGGGGAAGCUGCCUCGCUGGAUCCAAGAGCACCUCACAGACGCCAACCUCAACCUGACUGUUGACGAGGGGGUCCAGGUCGCCAAGUACUUCCUGAGGCAGAUGGCACAGCCUUUCCACCGGGAGGAUCAGCUGGGCCUGUCUCUGCUCAGCCUCGAGCAGCUGGAAUCAGAGGAGAUGCUGUGGAGGAUAGAGCAGAUUGCUCAACAGCUGUGAGCAUAGGGCGAGGGCAGGGCCAUAAAAGGUGUUCUGGUGA